UUUGUGUGCUUUUGUUUUUGUCGCUGUUGCUUAUUGCAUUAUUUAUACACAUUCGUACUCGUAUGUACUUUCUUGGGCUCGACACACGCACCAGUUAUAAACAAAACGCGGUACCGACAGCGCCACAAAUAUCAACAAUAGCAAACGCCACUAACAACAACUACAGCUACAAGCUAGUCGCAUUGGUGACAAUUUGCGCCUACUGCAAACACUCUCAGUCUCAGAUUGAGCCGCUCUCACUGCCAGCGUCGCUGCCGCUGUCGCCACCGUUGUCGAUGUCGUCUCAGUAGCUGCAAAGUCGACCGCAUUCUCAGUCAAACAACAAACGCAACUGAAGUAACAACAGUCAGUCAGUGUCCGCGUACCGUUCACAGUUACUUUACAAUACAAAAGGCAAAUUACACCCACCGCCCACGCCUCCCAUCAAAAAGUGCAAUAAAAAUAAAAAAGAAAGUGAUUACCGAAAAUACACAUCAAAAUUUGUGCAAAAAAUAAAGCUUUAAAAAUAUCCAUCGCGUGACGUAAAAAUUUCCCGGCUCUCUUUGCACUCGCUCUCUCACUCUCCCGCUCUCUUUGUGAAGUUAUGAAAUUGGUGUUGUUGUUAGAGCGAGGAGAGUGCUGUGUUUAAUGUUGCGUCUGCCCACGCGCGAACAGUGUGUUGAGUGGCUGCAGCUCAUCCUUGUGCUGAUCACACACAUUUGCAGCUUUUGCAGCAUGUCGCUCACACGCAGCCGUCAAACGACGCUCAAGUGGAUUAAAAAGCGUUUGUCGCUGCCGCGUCGCCGUCAUCAACAGCAGCAGCAGCAACAGCGGGUGAGUGCUGACACAAACACGGCAACAGCAGCAGCGGCAGCAGAGGAAGCAACAGCAACAACUGCGACGACGACGACGACGACGACGACAACAAGCAGCGAGCCAGGAGCCGAAUUAGUGGAUCAGGGCCAUUUAAGCGAGAUCUUGGUGCUGAAUGACACUCAAAUCGAUGGCAAAAGCGCGACGUCGGCGCCGCUAGCGGUGGCCAUCGACAUGGACAACAUGAAUAACAUGGACAUGGACACGGACACGAGCAACGACGACGACGCCGACAUGAACGAGGCCAGAGCGGGCCACACAGCGCCCAUAGCGCGCAACGAAGAAGAGGAGGAUGAUGAAGAGGAGGAGGAAGAGAUGCGAGAGGUUGUUGUGGAGAUGUUGCAGCAACAACAGCAGCAGGCGGAGCAGCAGCUGUCGACGCUGGCCAAGCCAAAUGCUAAUUAUGUGUGCUGUCAAUGCCCAGCAACAGAAAUAGCAACAACAGCGACAACAACAACGACAACAACUGGAAGCAUGGUGAACCGCAGCAAGUCGCGAGUACGCAGCUAUCUAAAGAAAUGCAAGCAACGUCUAACGGGUCAGCAGAGCAGACCAGCAACAGCAACAGCAACAACUACGACGGCAACAAUUACACUGAUCAAGAACGAAGCAGGCGGAACAGCACCCACAAUGCUGCCUCAGAAGGAGUCGAAGGAAGAGGAGGCUGAGGAGGAGGAGCAACAGGACUCCAGCUGUGGCAGCAGGGAUUCGUCCAGCGCCUAUGUCGAGUGCAUGCCGCUUGACUUAAGUCUGCGACGAGCGCCAGCUGCGCCACAGGAGUCCGACGAAGAGUUGGAGGAGCCGCAACGUGAGAUGGAGGUGGAAGUGGAGGUGGUUGUGGAGCACUCAAAUGAGGAAACGCAACUGGAUGCGACUGUGGAUGAUGGCAUGCUGGCCCAACUGAUUGACAGCCAUCUGUCGCACAUUUAUCCCAUCUACUGGGCACGCACGCGUGCGAUUUUAAUGCGCCAGGCACGUGAGCUGCUCGUGUCCCAUUUUGAGGGCUGCCUGCCCAGCUUCGAACAGCGAUUCCUAUGCAAAUUUGCACAAAUUGCGGCAACGUUGCGCGCCACUCAUCAAAUUGGCGAGUCCUGGUUAUGGCAUCCCGGCUGGCCGCUGGCCACAUCCAAUGGAGCGCUGGUGCUGCAGUUGAGUGACUCUGAGAUCGCGCACGCACUCCAACCAGCCGAACUCUAUCUGUGUGUCAAACUGGAAUCUGACGCAGAGGCCACACCGCAGCUUUAUGUCGUUUGGCGCUCGUCACAGCAGCAGCAGCAGCAGCAAGAGAGGAGCGGAAGAAGUACGAGUUGUAGUGAGUUGCAGACUCACUGCAUCGAUAUAGAUUACAAUAAUCCACGGCAAGAGCCAUUAAGCGUGCUACAGCUAGAAAUGUCGAUGGCAGCAAUGGCAACAACAACAACAACAACAACAGCGGGGCAGGGGCAAGUUAACGAUGCUGCCAUCGAGCUGCCGCAGUUGUUGCAGAAUCUGCUGGUGAGCGUUGAGCGUAGCAUCGAGCGCGUGUCGCUAAACGAGCUGCAGAUGCCACUAGCCCUCGGCGAGGAUCAGCUCGAUGAAGCCAACAACAACAAUAACUUUUGA